UACACUGUAGUAUUGCAUGCACUAGUAGUAGUAGUGGUGCAGAGAGUUUGUGAAAUCGGGUGCGGGCGGGAAAGACGACCUGCACUUUCCUUUCUACCACUGACCUGCAUCGCCCUGUAUGUUGUUGCUUCUGUCCUGAUGAGCUGAGUGAGCGCGGAUGCAGUGUAAAUGCCAUGCCCAGGCAGCACCAAGGAACAAAAAAGGUUUUGUGCUCUUGAUGUCUGUGUGUAGGAUGUUGAGCACUGUAUCCAGUUGAAAAUGGAUUUCACAGAGGCCUAUUCUGAUCGUUGCUCGACCGUAGGUGCAGCCGUCCAUACAGGAAAUGUUAAUGUUCUGAGAGAGCUGAUUGGUAGAGGGGCUAGUGUCAACAUUCAUGAUAAUCGGGGAUGGACCCCACUUCAUGAAGCUGCAAAUGCUAAAAAGUAUGAAUGUCUGAGAAUACUCCUGACUAAACUAACAAAAGAAGAUGUGAAUGCACGUACCUGGGAGGGCGAGACCGCUGUCUUUUUAGCAGCAAGGGCCGGUUGCUUAGAAACUUUGAUGCUGCUUAUUAAAGAUGGUGCUGAUCCAAACAUUUCCAACCAUGAAGGAGGAUCCCCGAUUUUACAAGCUGUUUCAGGCAACCACAAAGACUGUGUUGCCUUUCUCCUUAAGAAAGGGGCAGACGUUCAAAGCCAUCUAUAUGGGGGUUGGUCCCUGCUCCAUGAAGCUGCCUGCUGUGGCUUCUCCGAUAUCCUGCAGCUUCUCCUCAAAGCUGGAGCCACCAUUGCUGUAAAGGAUGACUUUGGAAUCAUGCCUGUGUUUACAGCUGCUCAGUAUGGCAAACUCGACUGCUUGCGUCUCCUCAUAGAAAAUGGGGCUGACCCAAAUGCAAGGGCAGAGGAUGACGCUACGCCACUCUAUCUAGCAGCACAGGAGGGAUAUCCACAUUGUGUAGAGUACCUACUGAACCAUGGCGCCAAGGUAGAUAUACCUACAAAGACUGCUGAAGGAUUCCGGCCUAUACAUGUUGCAGCUUAUAGAGGACACAUAGAGUGUUUGAAGUUGCUGCUUCCACCAAGCUUCUCAGUGCUUGAACAAGGCAAGUUUCCAGGGGAGUGGGAAGGGUUACUCACUCCUCUGCAGCUGGCUGCAAAGGGAGGCCAUAACCAGGUCAUAAGGAUCCUGUUGGAAGCAGGAUGUGACCCUGACUGUGGUGUCAGAAACCCCUCAGCAGAAACUAAAGAGACACUACUGCAGAUGGCCCAGAUGUUGGAAAUCGACCCUCCACCAUUUCACUGUGCAACUCUGAGUGGGCACUACAGCACAGCUGAACUUCUGUUGGAUUCUGGAGCAUGUAUUUGCCUAUCUUCCAGCAGCUUCUGCUUGCUGACAAUGUUCAGAGAUGACUCAAAGGCUCUUGAAAUGCUCCUUGACCAUGGCGGACAGGUUGAUUGCAAGCAUAUCAUCUCAGAUCUGUUUCGUAAGCUUUUUCCAUUGCAUAUCCUUGGCAUACUGAUUAACAGAGGACUGCGGCUUUGUUUCAACUGUCGAGCACAACACAGCUUGUGUCCUAACAUCAACUCUGCCGUGUCUGGACUACGUGACUCUACAGUGAUUAAAUUGAUAAAACUAAUUUUCCACUAUGUUGAUAGACUGAGCCUGUGUGAACACAGCACCAAGCACCUUCAAGAGUUAGGCUGCUACUACAAAGUCAUCUCAUUGACUAGCAAUCCUCACUCACUUCUGCAUCUGUGUCGUGUGGCAAUCACGGAGCACAUGGGAACAACGUGUGCACCAAAGAUCAUUCCGAACAUAGACUUUCUGCCAGUCCUUAUCAAGGAUUUUCUCCUGUAUAGGGAAAUUCUACCUGGGACUGAUUGCACAGUGCUGCUUAACAGUUAGCAAAAAGGUUGUGCUAAAAUAUAGCAGAAAAUUAAGCAAACCUGAAGCACUAUUUGAUGGCUAAAUGUGCUAACAGUUGUAUAUGCACAUAGAGAUUUCUAUUGUUAAUGUCAGAAAGAAGAAAACUAUGAUGAGAAAAACAAUUAAAAUAAUAAUACAAGUCAGGAAAGAUAGAGGUAGGAAGCGAUAUAGAAAUUGAAAAAAGCAACGUAUUGAAAUUGGGCCCUGCUCUAUGAAACUCAAUCAGAAUGAAAAAGUUGCAUGCUUAGUUCAAGUUUCAUUGUGAUGAUCUGCAAGUGCAUUUAGAGGCAGUAAAAGACAGUCCUUGAGAGUAAUUUUGAGUUUAUUUCUUUACAGCAUUAAAAAAAAACUAGAUUUAUGUUUGUGGAUAAACGCAUGGCUGUUUUAGCAUUUUGUUGUUUGUUUAUGUCAUGGUAUACCAUUGCAAUAAUACUAUGUGCUACCAGUCUAUAGACUGGUAGCACAUAGAAGUAUUGCGAUGUUCCCUCAGUUCUCCGGUUCCACCCAGUUCCAGUAUGAGAACCAGAACCGCGAUUCUAAUCUUCUCAAGAACCAGGAACCCGCUGUACUCGGUUCCGGCUCCAAAAGAAUCGGUUCCUGAGUGAAUUACCCAUUCUCUGUGCACAAAGCCCAGAAUUGGCUCCAUAGGAACUCAAUAGCGUGAAGACCAAUGUCCGGGGGGCGGGGGGGGGGGCAUUUCACUUGGGCUUGUCAAAACAGUGGCAGGGAAAACCAAACAGACUCACACACUUUAUGCAGAGAGUCGGAGACAAACUGAUCAGCUGAGCUAUUUGCGGCCACGCACGAGGCAUAGAGCAUUGAACCCAAUACUGGCCCUGAACCAUGCAUAUUCAACAUUUUAAAUGAGACACUAACUCGAGGGGCGUGGCCAGACAGAUCUGGGCUACUUGAACCUGACUCCGAGGGCUGGAAUCAGCUCCGACAGACCUUGGUACAGGUACAAAAUUCUUGGCUCUGAAUGAGUCAUGGAAAUUAAUGUAAUUACAGAACAGGACAUCAAUUAAAUGGAAUUACAUUUAUUGAACUUGAAACUGAAUAACAGAUAAGGUUCACAUUGUCACUCUCCUGCUGAUCAACCUUCCACUGUAUUUCUUGAUACUUGAGGUAGCGGUAGCUCCAAAGAAAAAAUCAAGGGGGGAUAAUAAUUGUGUAAAGAUGCCAGAUCAAGGCUCUGCAUGGCGGAACAUGCAAAGAGCAAAUACCAGAACAAAUGUUGGCUGAAGAGAGAAACUUGUAACCUUUCGGAUUUUGUGGGAGACAAAAACUUAUCCAAAUGGACAUUUUUUUAUUCACCCAUGCAUGGUCGGCAGUUGUUGCGGUAAAUAAAAUCGUAGGCAAGGAACGGAAAAUAAGCAAUAAUUACCAAGUUUGCUUUAUAACACAAUCUCCAUAGUUUCACUGGAAAAAGACACACAUUUGAAACCAAAUACUUGGUGAAAUAUCAUGUACUGCAUGUCGAAAUCUAGGGAGCAAGGACCUCACAAGUUCACGCCUGUUACUUUACAUGUAAUUUCAAGCGCUUAUGUUUUUCAUUGAAUUUUCCAGGAGCUGGUUCAGACUCAAAACUUUUUUCUUUUUUUUGAGAGAGCCAGAGCCAGUUCCAGAAACUCUGAAACUGCCCAACACUAGGGCAUAGAUGCAGUAUUAGGGCCAUUAGUUCCAUAUGUACAGGCUUUUAAAAAUGCACCAUUAAUGUGACAUUUCAUGUGAUGACAUCGCCAUGAAAUAACUUCAAUUUUCAUCUAUAACACAUCCUGGCCUAGGUACAUACCAAGAUACGUCCAAAUCGGAGCUGUAGAUCUGCAGAUAUAGGCCUAAAUAUCUGCAAAUCAUGCUGUUCAAAUCUGAUGAUCAUCAACACUUUAUUACAGAAUAGAGUACAAAUACCCCUAAGCCAGCUGGCUCUGACUGAAUUGUUUGCACAGGCGAAUAUUAUUACCAUUAUAAUUGUCAUUAAUUUUUUUGGGUGUCAGAGCAUGGCCAGGUUUUCACAUUAUUUUUAAUGUAUUUUUAUGGGAAAAAAAUCAAGUCAGAGCUGGGGGGGGGGGGGGUGUUGAACCCCCAAACCCCCCUCUGGAUCCAUGUCUGCAUCAAUAACACAUCCAGGUCUAGGUACAUACCAACUUUAAACCCAAUCGGAUUUGUCAUUCUGUAGAUAUAGGCCUUCGAAAUAUGUACCUUUAAUAAGAUGUCACAUGACACACAUCUGCAGAUGCUAGUGUAAGUGUGUGCCAAGUAUAGAGGCAAUCAGAUGGAUUUUAGUGCCCAAAGUGCCAUGCACGAUAAAAAGGUGUACUAAUGCUAUGGAAAAUGGCGGGGGGGGGGGGGGUGAAAAUUGUAACAAAAACAAAGGCUGUUUCGGCAAAUGCCUCUUAUAAACACAAAUGCACCUUGCGCUUUAACAAUAUUGUGAACCUCUUGAAAUGGGAAAUUGGCCGUCAAAAACAAUUGUGCUCCUCUCUCAGUAACUUAUCGUGAAGGAAAACUGCCCCUCGAAAGCACAAUUGGUGCCCCGCUCGCAAUAUUAAAACUGCACCCCUCUCAAGAUGGAAAAUUGGCCUUUAAAACAAUAAUAGUGCUCCUCAUGCGAAUAAAAUGGUCACUGAACUGGCCAUCAAAAGCAACAGUGCCCCUCUCACAAUAAAAAAAAAUGGUCCAUCUGCAUAUGUAGGUCUUUCUAGUCAAAUUCAAGGGCGGACCCAGAGAGGUUACUGCCGGGGGUGUGCCGGAGGCUGAAGGGCUCUCUCAAGUGAAAAAUUACCUUAUUUGAGAAUAAUACGGCUACAUUGAGACUAUUUAAGGAAUAGGCCUACACUGUAUUUUUUUUUACGCAAACAUUUUUUUAAAGUGUACAUCAAUGUUGUUUGUAGAAAAUGUUGUUUCAGGUAACGUGUUCCUUGCAUUGUGAAAUAAAGUAGCUUCACACCAAC